AUGUCCAACACCGAACUUGCCGUUGUUUACGCUGCCCUUAUCCUUGCUGAUGACGGAGUUGAGAUCACCGUAGGUGUUGAUUGCGCUGAUAAAUUACAAACUUUGACGAAAACCGCAGGUAUUGAGGUUGAACCUGUUUGGGCUAAUUUGUUUGCUAAAGCUCUUGAAGGAAAAAACAUUAAUGACCUAUUGAUGAAUGUUGGAUCUGAAAAACCUGCAGAAGAGGAGAAACCAGCAGAUGGAGGAGAAUCAUCUGACGAAGAUAUGGGGCUUG